UCUGUCUGAUUUCCAACAGCUCGUCUGAGGCUUCAACGCGCAUGCGCAGAGCUCCUGGCUCUGAAUCUGGUUUUGCUCGUCUUCAAUGAAAGUACGAUCCGUCCUCUGUGCUGCAUCCCAGGUGUGUCUGCCGUCCCUCGCCCACAUGACUCACGUCUUCGUCUACGGCACCCUGAAGAAAGGGCAGCCCAACUACUACCGCAUGUUCGACAGCGCCAACGGCAAGGCGGAGUUCCUCGCCUCGGCUUGCACCACCCAGAAGUACCCGCUGGUGAUUGCCAACAAGUACAACAUCCCCUUCCUCCUCAACAUCCCUGGCCAGGGUCGCAGAGUCCAGGGCGAGAUCUACAAGGUGGAUGACCCGAUGCUGAAAUUCCUGGACGCCUUCGAAGGGGUUCCCACCAUGUAUCAGCGGACUCUGGUCGAGCUGGAGGUGAAGGAGUGGGUCGGAGAUGCAGGCGGAGAGAAGAAGCCGGCAGCGGGCAGCAAAGUAGAGGCGUUUGUGUACAGCACGACCACGUAUGAGCCAGAAUGGCCGUCGCUGCCCAACUACGAGAGCUAUGACUCGUAUGGAGAUCACGGGCUUCAAUAUGUGACCAGAGAAGGACGAGACUGAGGAGAGCGGCGCAGGCGAAGGAGAACAUCUCAAGGAAAUCUCACCUAAACACACUCCUUAUGUCUUAUUUUGAAAAUCUUUUUGAUUUGUGGGUGUGUUGCGGUCCACGUCCGACCUGCGGCAUGUGCUGCAUCUUUAAAAACAAUCAUCAUAAUGCACUUUAGCUGACAUGUAAGUGUCAGCUCUGUUUGAUUAACUGAGCCAAUGCACAUAUUACAACAGAAGUAGCCUAAAGGAGAUCGCCUCACUGUCACGCUCUGUAGUUGCAUAUAUAGAUAUAUAUAAAAACCGGUUGUACUGUGUGUCACUGUGAAAUGAGAUCUCCUGAGAAGCAGCAGCAGGCUUUGUGUAACUGUUAAACAAAUUAAAGGCUUUAUCAUGUUUCAUAGCAACGACCUCGACCUGCCAGACUGCAUUCCUGGGUUUAAAACAGUCCGACUUUACCGUACUGUACACUUCAUCACAUGAAUAGUGUGAUGCUGUUGACGGCGUGCACGCCACCCAUACUUAAGAUUUCUGAAGUUGGACAACAAAGUCGACUUAAAACUUAUUUGUAAAGAGAGUAAAGACAGGUGUCACCAAUGAUGCUAAUAAAGUCCAAGGGUCUAUCUUGCUGAAGAAGGUUUCUUACUGAGUAAAAGCUGUUUGAAUUCUCUAAAUGUUAAAGGAAAGGAGUUUGAGUGCUCCCUUUCCUAUCUCCUUUAGCAGAGGAAACACCGGACUAUCCUUGAUGAAAGUAAAGGAGGUCACCUCGACCCAUAAUUCCACGUGACAGCAGUAUGUUUUGUAGUCCAUCCUCUUAAAUUUGUAGUUCCGUCGUCGCAUGAUGGCGUAGUCGUGUUCUCCUAACUCCUUAUGAAAUCACCUUUGCAUCUUUCCUUGACCUCGUGACGUUUUCCAUCGAGGUCAAGAAAAAGUGUUUAGGAAAGACCGUAGGAGGUCGUUGUCAAGGUGCUGCUGUGGUGCAAUAAAUGGAAUUGAACCUUAAUCCGUGUCAUUGGUAACACCCGACGCUGUUUCUUGUCAAAAUCAUCAUCUUCCUCUUUGUCAUGUCAUCCUGUUCUCAUCUGUCGCUCUGUCCUUUAAAACUAUAUAAAAACCCAACACAUCCACCUAUGAGUCGUUUUUUUUUUCUCCAUAUGAACACAAUCUUUUCUCAUCUUUAUUUAGAAUAUUAAAAUCCAGAAAAUCUGGAGGAAUACAGAAGAAGGAGAAGAAGAAGAUAUUUGGCAAACGAACCAGUGAAAUCUCUGUUGGCGUCGGAAGCAGUUUGGAAGUUUGAAAAAAGAAAACAUGAGAAACAACAACAAAAAAAACAUUUCACAGUGUAUCAAAGUACUGUACAAAAAGUCGCCUUACAAAGAAAGAAAAGAAAAGAUGGAUGUUUUUUUUCUAACUGUGUCCAAACUGGCAUCACAUUUAAUUCAUCUAAUUUUUAUACAGAUUGUCAGACAACACAUGAGUGUGUUCACAUACACACCGUUCUCCACAAAUACUUUAAAAUCCAGGUUUAGGUUGAGCGUUUCACGUACAUUUUUUUAUCCUCGUUACGAAUCGGAAACUCCUGCUUCAGUGUCUAAAAUACUUCUUGGUAAACCCCGUUUUUAUUUCAUUCAGGUUAAUCGUAAAGAUAAAAUCCAACUCACUGUAAACGGGAAACAUCGUUGGGGGUGAAUAUUAAAUCGUACGUGUGUGCAUGUGAACUUCACUCUGACAGUCGUGUGAAGGAACCAGUCGCCUGUGCAGCCUGCGCGGCGCGG